AUGGACGAAGAGAAUUUCGCCCCAACAGCCAAUUCACCGCAGUUGCAUGAAAUCUGCCGUGUGGGCGUGCUUCUGAAUUCCACAGUACCUACCAUCAGACAACGUCUUGCCCGCGAGAACGCCUUCAAGAAGGUCCCCUCUCUUACCUUCAUUCACCACUCACAGAGCAGCAUUCUCGAGGGCCUCAAGGAGGGGAAAUGUGAAUCCUCCGAAACCGACUCUCUCCCCGUGACACCUACAAUGAUCAAACCGAGCAAUGUGUAUGGUCUGCCGUGGGACAAGUAUAUGGCUUGCGUCAAAAAAGAGAUGCGAGGCGGUUUUGGCGCAGACUUGGUGGAGUUUCUUUUGCGGGAAUGGCGAACUCGGGACAUGAUUCAUCCUCCUCCUCCUCCUCCUCCUCAUCAUCAUCAUCAUCAUCACCAUCAUCAUCUCACUGCCAUGAUCACCAUUGUUAUCAGCGUCCUUUUCCAAAAUCUUUAA